AAGUUGGCUUUAGAAUACGUCAGUAGUUUGAAGUUAACUUGAAAAUUUUUUUAUCUCUCCAAAUUUCCAACACUGGCUGACUGUCAACAAAAAGCCGAGUUUAAAUUCUUCUAAAAACAAUAAAUACAACAAUAUGUAUCUCUCAUUUUUUAAAACGUUUUGAUUAUGCUUUGCAAUGGACAAUUACAACAAAGUCAUAACACUGCUCUAUGAUGCUUUGGUUUUAGUGCGAUAUCCUGGAAUAGCUCAGGUUGAUGUUCAAAAUUUUAAGACCUGUAUUCUCAGUGAAAAUAAUAGACUUUUAUUGUUACGGUGGCUUUACAUACAAGGUAUAAAUAAAAUUAAUAAUUUAGGACACAAAAGUUUAAAUAACACUCAAGAGGCGGAAGAGACGAAUACACCGAGUACACUUGCGCUUGACGAAAGAUUUCUUAUCAAUUGGUAUUCUCAAUCAGGCAUUUGCACAAGUGAAGAAGCAUUACGGGGUCAGUGUCAAUUAAAAAAUCAAUUAGAUACUUUAGUUAGUUUAACUGCUUACAUCAUAAAUGUAUUACACUCGGAAAUAGAUGUUUUACCUGGAUCAAUAUGGAAUCUUGCUGAAAAGUAUUUUGUUAACCAACUACAUCUUAUUCCAUUAUCUUAUAAUAUAAAUAAAAAUCUCAAAGUUGAUCAAGUUAAACAGUAUUUAAAAAAUAUUCAAGAAGGUGGUAAAGAUCAAUGUAAAUUUCACACAGAACCCAUAAAAAAAAAACUAGAGAAUUUUAUGUACGAAAAUCAGACAAAUAAUGAUAGAAAAAUUGAAAACCAGGGUAAUAAAAAAAUUCCGACAUGUGCUUUGAUGGAGUUUAGCAAAAAUUUCGAAAGCUUUGAAGAUGGCAUUAAUCCUAAAAUGUCAUUUGAAAAAACAAAGGGACCUGAUAUAUUAGUUGGCAACAUAAAUACGAAAUUUCCAGACUUAAAUAAGGUCUUAAACGCACGAAGAAAACUAUGCAGUAAUGAGGUUCCGGCACAAUUGAAUAUGCAAAAAAGCUCAUUAGAUUUAAUGACUGAAAACAUCAUUGUUAAAAUCGAUAUUCUCUCUAAAUUACGUUGUGAGAAAUAUUAAAAUGCCAGAAUGCUUUGUACCUUCGACUAGAUAUAAUUGUUAUUCCGUAAUAAAUAUUUUGUAAAAAUUAGA